AAUGGAGAAACGGUUGUUGGUGGUUGAGUAUCCUAUCAUUCUUGGUUUUCUCAAGGCAAACAUUGCCUAAGGUUUUGUGCUUCCACCAUGAAUAAAUUCCCAGCAAAUUUGAAGGAAAAAGAAAAAAAAAAAAAAGUCAGAAAUUCACGGUUGAUGUAAUGUAAUCUUAAGUACAAAUUCAAAUGACCUCACUGAGUCAACCCCUUUGAACCGGGCAUGGUGGCUCCACCCAGAUUUUUAUAACGGUUCGCUUCUAGUGUAUUCUAUCACACCAUUUUAACCUUUCUGACAAAAGACAAUCAUUCAUUUGCACAUCUCAUCACAGAUCACAUCCGUACAUUAAAAUCAGACGGCCAAGAAUAAAAACAAAAGGAACCGGACUCUGGGGAGAAUCCAAGAUUAAAAACAGCGACAUUUUUGGUCUGUUUUUAAGGGUCCCGGAUCCGGAUUCUCAAAGCAGCGACUGCCACAGACACCAAGCCCGGACAAAUUUCUCAAUCCUCCUAAUAAUUGGAUCACAUAAAUCUGAAUUUCCCAUCUUAAAAUUUUGCGUCUUUUUUUAUUACCACUAAAAUGAAAGACUUAAAUUUGGGAGGAAAAUCCAGGAUUUUGAGGUCUAGAGAUGGAUAAGUGUUUGGUUCUGUGACAAAAAAAAAAGGGGAGGAUAGAAUUGUGAGAAUUUGGGAACUGGGUUUCUCUCCAUAAAAGAAUAUGAUGAAACUUUGCUUGAUGGCUUCUCAUGGGUACCCUCCGGGCCUGGGGCUUGUUUUGCACCAAGAGCAAGGCGUUAGCAGGGUGAUCAAGCAGGAGUGUCAAUCCUUCUUGCCAAGUCAGCUAGUGAAACAAGACAUAGUACAAACAGGUUCCUUUGAUCUGAAAUGCAACCGAUUCCAGGAGCAGCCAAAACCAGUUACUGCAUUGUGUCAGCCUAAACUGAUUAUAGAUGUUGAUCCUAUGGCGCAAAAGCCUAUGAUUAUUGAUAAACCAGAUGCUUAUCUUGACAUGGCAAUGUUUAGCUUUGGCAUAGCAGAAAAGUGCAUGAGACAUGAAAAAAUCUUGAAGUUUCUUAUGUCGGGAUCAAAUGAAGUGGAAAGAGGGGAACUUGAUUUAUCUUUGCUAUCUGAUUUGAUGGGACUUCAACCAUUGAUGUUUGGCGUGCAUCAACAGCCUUAUGCUUCUUCUCUAAUAUAUCCAAGUAGCAAAAUUGAUGCCAAGAAGCCUCUCCCAGACUUUGUAGGAGAGAUGGUGCGUAAUUCGAAAAUUACAGUUAACCCAGAUGGUCGAAUUUUGCUGAUAGCUAGUGGGACUGAGAUGAAAGACAUCCUUUCAAUCGUUGCUGAAUUCUACUUGUCAAGCAACUCAACUAAGUGGAGAAAGCAAUUGGCACUGGUACCACACUUCGAUAGGACUUGGAGCACCGAAGCACAUGCUAGUGCUAACCUGUCUUCUCCACGGUUUGGAGUUGCGAGUGUUGCACCUCCAAAAAGUCCUGAGAAAAUCAAGUUCAAGCUAUCACCAAAGAAGAAGACCUCUAGGAAGUCAGCCAGGGAGAGAGACCUCUACAAAAAGAAUUAUUUCCAUGCAUGUGAGAGCCUUGUUUCCUUGAUGGCUAAUAAGAGACGGCAUGGCAGAACAGCAAUUCUUUCCCUGAAGAAAUCUGGCCCUGAACUUCCUGAGCUCUUGACCCAAUUCUCUGCUGGUAUUGCUGGGACUGGUCUUGCUGUGCUUUUCUCUGUUAUUUGUAAGGUAGCUUGUGGGAGAGUUCCAUUUUGUACGUCUAAACUCUUUAGCACUGGCCUUGGUUUUGGGCUAGUUUGGUUCUCAUGGGCAGUUAACAGACUGAGGGACACAGUCGUACAUAUCAGCAAGAAUGCUAGCAAGUCUGGUCUGAAGGAAGAGGAGAUGAUUAAGAGAGUGGAGAAAAGUGUUAAUGAAAUCUACUUCAGAGCUGCAACAUUGAUGGCUGUAGCAGUUUUAAGGUUUGCAUGAAUUCUGAGGAAAACUCAUGUUCAUGACGGUGUUAGCCAUUUGGAUAACAUCUUGAAUGGCUGGAUAUUCUAAUCACAAUAUUCUAGUUAGCUGAAAGUUAGACUCAAGUAUAUUAAUCUUGGACGUGAAUAUCUGAAGAGGUGAAGCCUGAUAUAUCAAGAAUAGAACUUUGACUUCUAUGCUAUCCAUGAGGGUCUUGUGAUGGCCUUGAGCACAUAUGAGCAGGACCUAAUCCUCUGUCAACUUGUGUAUGUAUAAUAAUCAUUAAGUUGUAAGGGUUGUCACUGCCUCACGGGUAAAAAGAACCAUUCCUUUCAUAUCUAUAAAAAUACAAUUUUGUCAUUCUAUUUGAA